GAAAAUUUGGAGCUGGUUAUCUCUUGGUACUGUUUGUAGUCAGAGUCAGAGAAGGGGCAUCAGUUUCAAGCUUACAUGCUUAUGAUUUGUUGAAACAGCAGAUAAACUAGUCGGUAUAUGUUCAGGUACUUUUUGUAGGAGUACACCACAGACAAUAUGUUUGACUCGACUGUUUUGCAAUUCCCCUUGAACCUAGGGGAGACUCUGGUUAGAAGGACACAGAUUUCUGGGAGAAAUGGUAUUUCUGAAGAUCAGUUCUAUCUUGUGAACGAGUUUAGGAGUUGUAACCCCAAAAUAGAGGUGAGCAACUCUUGUGGAGAAACUGGAAGCCCUAGUUCAUGCAAUAAGAGCAAUGGUACCUCUCCUUACAGAGUCCAACUUGAACAGGAUGUUCAGAUAUUGCAAGAACGCCUACAGGAAGAGAUGGAACUGCGUGCUGUCCUGGAAAAUGCCAUCGAGCAUGAUUCUGUGGCAUCAUCUAAUCUUUCAUGUCUCCCAACUGAUGCUGAAGAAGUCUUGUCUAACAUUGCCAUUUUGGAGGUUUCUGUUUUAAAACUUGAGCAAGAGAUGGUUUCAUUGCAUUUUCAACUUAGUCAAGAAAGAAAUGAACGGAGACUUGCAGAGUACCAUUUGAAACAUUCCUCUUCUCAGUCACUAGUUUUUUGCUCCCCCAAAAAUAUGAAAGAACCAAACUCGUCUUCUUUGACCUGUUUUAAGCAUUCAGUGUUCAAAGAUUCUGAACUGCAUGUGACCUGUGGAGAAAUCUCAUACCUGGAGCAAAGGAACCAACAGUCGGAAACUACUAGCAGAUCAUCUAGUGCAUGCUCGACGACAGGGGAUGCUGUGGACUCUAGCAUGCCCGUCCAAGAACAGAAAAUAUCCAGACAAAUGUUUCAACAUGUGGUGGGGAAGCUUACCAAAGAGAUGCCGAGUGAGGGCCUCUGGAAUUACCCUAAUCAGCUAUCAGAGGAAAUGGUUCGGUGUAUGAGAAAUAUAUUUAUAUCGCUGGUGGGUUCUUCCAUUGUAUCAUCCAAUUCAUCUACAUUUGAGAGCCAUAGCUCCCCUUUAUUUCUGCAUGGACAUCUUUUGAGUUCAUUCUUGUCGUCAUCCUCUGAACGCUCCAUGAUUUCAUCACGGACACAGAGUCCACAAGUUGAUCUACACUGUAAUGCUGAGGUCUUGGCCACAGAGAAUGUCUGUGAUCCUUAUAGUGUACGUGGUAAAUUAUGCUGGGCUGACAUUGGAACAUAUGGCUCAGCAGUCGAGGUUUCUUGGAUGUCAGUAGGGAAGAAACAGCUGGAAUAUGCUGCUGGAGCACUACGGAAAUUCAGAUCUCUUGUUGAGCAGCUGGCUAGAGUGAACCCUACCUGUUUGAGCAGUGACGAGAAGCUGGCUUUCUGGAUCAACUUAUAUAAUGCGCUGAUUAUGCAUGCUUAUUUGGCAUAUGGAGUCCCUAGAAGUGACUUAAAGCUCUUUUCUUUGAUGCAAAAGGCAGCAUACACUGUUGGGGGCCAUUCCUUCAAUGCUGCUGCUAUUGAAUAUGUAAUACUGAAGAUGAAGCCACCAGUCCAUAGGCCUCAAACUGCAUUAGUACUUGCACUUCACAAGCUCAAGGUAUCAGAGGAGCAGCGGAAGUUCUCGAUUGAUACCUUCGAACCACUUGUAGUAUUUGCUUUGAGCUGUGGAAUGUACUCAUCUCCUGCGGUAAAAAUCUACACUGCCAAGAAUGUGAGACAAGAACUUCUAGAAGCUCGGCGUGACUUCAUUCGAGCUUCUGUUGGGAUGAGCAGCAAGGGGAGGCUCCUGGUGCCAAAAAUGCUCCACUGCUUUGCCAGGGGCUUUGUUGAUGAUUCUAAUUUAGCUGUGUGGAUCUCUCGUUACCUUCCGCCUCACCAAGCAGCCUUUGUUGAACAAUGCAUCUCUCGGAGGCGGCAGAGCUUCCUUGGCUCUCGCAACUGUGGCAUCCUCCCCUUUGAUUACCGCUUCCGCUACCUUUUUCUGAGUGAGGAAAUCUCCCCGUGAAUGCCAAUUCCUCACGUCCCAAGUGUGUUUCAGAAUGUGUUUGGUUCUUGACAUUCAAGAUUGAGUUGCAUUUGCUUUCUCUUUUAUCAUGUCCAGUCAGAAAUGAUAAGACACAAGAAGUUCUGAGCAGAUUUCUGUGGCA